AAAACAGAGUUGGUUGAGGCCAUAAUGGCAAAUUCAGCAGCUAAGACCUGCUUUGCUAAAUUAUCAGCCAACCUAUUUCUCUCACGCGAGAUCCAGGAAAAGGAAACAAAUUCAAACGAAGAAGCGAUAGAUAAUAUAUCAGCCACAAUGCCGUAUAAUUCCGCGAAGGAAGCAUCCGACUUCAGAGCUUUGAUGAGAAGAGAGCAGUCCGAUUCACAGUGUAUGCGAGGGAGAGCAAGAUCUCUGCAUUUCAUGAGUGCCGUCCGAAGAGCGAGGCCCUCUGCCAUAAGAGGGGAGCUAACGAAUCUGGCGGUGGAGGAGAAAGAGGCAACUCUGCUUCGAUCUUCCGUUAUCCAGCCCAAGCCUGCAGUUUUUGAAGCCUCAUUCCAGGCUGCGUCCGUCCUGACCAAAACACAGUUAGGAUGGUUCUGUAUGGUCGGCAAGGAGGUUUUCAUUGUCGAUGGUUUCUUCAUUUGGCUUCUGCUCCACUCAGCCGCUGCUGCUACAGCCAAUGAGAUGGUUUCUUCCACUGUGAUAAUCCUAUUAUUGAAGACGAGCACUUGGAGAUUGGCGAAAGCGGAAAAUGGAACGAGCAAAACAACGUGAUCUUGAGAAAACCGAAGGAGUUUCAUCAUCCAAAUAUAAUGACACUAUUAACUCUCAAGAAGCUAUCCGAUUUUCACUUUUACCAAAAGAAGAAGAAGAAGAUAUUAGAUUAUCAUGGCGGCUACUAUAUAAAACUAUGUAAACAAUACAAAGUCUCAGAAAAUAUUCAUAUUACUAUCAUAUACAUACAUGUUUGAAAGGUAAAGAAAUACAAAGGAAAAUAUCUGAAAUGUUUUAAUUAAUGUUUCCUAUA